CUGGUUCCUUUAACGUCUCGUGACGAUGACGUCAUUGGGAGGGACAACCGCCCCCGAAAACAACUUCACCUCUGAUGCGUUUUUAGUUUCUGUUCAUUUUUAUCACAGCGUUGGUACCAACCACAGGUUUCUUCACCAUGAAUGUGUGCCAAACAAUGGAAACAGAGGAGGAUCUCCUGACUUGUCUCAGCAUCAGGUUGUAUCACCCACAACAGCAUCGCAAAGGCCUUUUCAGUCUGCUUCCGCUGGGCAAUAGAAGCAAACAUCCAGCGGAUGAAUCUCUACGCUUUGGACGGGAUGCCCAGUCUUGCACCUUUGCCCUGGUUGACUCCCGGGUGUCACGCAAGCAGUUUGCCCUGCAAGCUUAUCGAAUACCGGAGACUUCGGAGAUGCAGUUCAUCCUGCAAAACCUGUCUCAGACGGUCAAAGUGACCGUUAACGGUUCAACGCUGGACUUCUUAGAGAAGACCGAUCUGCCAAGGAAGGCCCUGGUCCGGUUCACUGAAUACGAGAUGCUGAUUGUCAGAGAGGAAGGAGAGGCCAAGCAGAGCUUUGAGGUGGAGCUGGAGAUACUGUCCGUUCCUCCUUCUAGGGAGACUGGCCCCUGCGAGCACUGUGCUAUGCCCAUCAUGGACACCGGCAGACCCCCCUUGUCCGAACUAAGGGUCCCGUCUGAGACUGACGAAACAUUGUUCCUCACUUGAAAUCCCACCAUAUUUGUGAAGAUUUUUAACAUUUUUCUAGCCUUCAAGCAUUUGUUGUAACAUGUCAUUGACUAACCGCUUUUGUUUAAACCGGGGGUCAGCAACCUGCGGCUCUAGAACCAUAUGCGGCUCUUUAGCGCCGCCCUAGUGGCUUCUUGGAGUGUUUUCAAAAAUGUUUGAAAACAGCAAAUUAUUUUUUGACAUUUUAGUUCUAAUACAGUUUCUGUAGGAGGACAAAUAUGACAUUCUUCUAUAUUCUUUUAGUAUUCGAUUAAUCGAUGAACUAGUUAAUUCGAAUAAUCGAGUCAUCGGAUAAGAUACAUGAAAAAUUAAAAUACCUGAGCUGAGCCUCACACGGUAUAAAAAAAUAAAUAAGGAUCUAUGUACAACGAAAGAACAAUUGGCUAACUUACGUAGCUAAAGUCUAUUAGCUUUGUGCUGCACCGAUUAAUCGAUUAACUCCAGUAUUCGAUUAGAAAAAAAUAUUCAAAUUAAAUUUUGCUGCUUCGAGUAUGCGUUUAAUUAAAGUGGCGUUGUAAUGGUUUGUUUUGAAAGUGUUUGCAUUUAGUUUAAUUGAUUUGGGUGGAUUCACAGCCCUCUAGUCUGCCUCAUUUCAUGUGACUAAAUCCAGCUGCUCCUUGUUAAGACCAACAUUAGCUUUUGUUUGAGCUAAUGUUUUUAAUGCAUUCGUAUAGUAGUUUAUAGGUAUAUUUAGCUGCUUUUUGUGGGAAUAUGUGUCUGAACCAUUUAAGAGCGUUGUGUGAAAAACAAAACCAAAAAAACCUAGCCUUUUAUAGCAUUUAAGCUAGCAGCCUUUUGCUAUGUAAGUUAGCCAAAUGUUUGUUGUACCUCGAUCCUCAUUUUUUUUGUUUUUUUUUUAAAUACCGUUUGAGGCUCAGCUCAGGUAUUUUAAUUUUUUAUGUUCCUUAUCCGAUUACUCGAUUAAUCGAACUAACUAGCUCAUCGAUUAAUCGACUACUAAAAUAAUCGAUAGCUGCAGCCCUAAUUAGCUUAAAUGCUAUAAAAAGCUAAUAUAUAUAUAUAUAUUUUUACAAUGCUCAAAAUGGUUCAGACAUAUUCCCACAAUAAAUGUCUACAUAUACCUAUAAACUAAAUUAUGAAUGCAUUAAAAAAAACAUUAGCCCAAACAAAAACUUAUGUUGGUCUUAACAUGGAGCAGCUGGAUUCAGCCAUGUGAAAUGAGGCAGACUAGAGGGCAGUGUAUCCACCCAAAUCAAUAAUGCUAACACUUUCAAAAUAAACCAAUACAACGCCACUUUAUUUAAACGAAUACUCGGAGAAGCAUAAUUUAAUUCUAAUCUUUUUGACUUGAGUUAAUCGAUUAAUCAUUACAGCACUACAUUCUUCGAAUUGUAAUGAAGUUAAACUGCAGGGAGAAUACACAUUUACUGUAUUUUUCACGCGAAAAGGUGCAUCGGAGUACAAGAAGUAGCUUCAAUUAAUGGCCUUUUUUAAAAUCGUUUUCAUCUUUUCACGUAAAGAGCGCACUGCAUUAUAAGGUGCAGUAGUAGCAGUCGUAGGCGUUGUGUUAUGCAUCCAUAAGAUGGAGCUGAGCUAAAUGGAAUGUCAUGCCAUGAUUAACUAAUAUUGAUCUAUAUAUAUGUACAUCAGAUUGUAAGGCGCACUGUCAGCUUUUGAGAAAGUUGAAGGAUUUCAGGUGCGCCUUAUAGUGUGGAAAUUACAGUAAUAAUGAAGGCUCAUUAUUUAUUUCUAACCAACUUAGUCAUUUUGAUCCAUCAUCUACCACUUAAUCCGGGGUCCGCAGCUUUACUUACCUAAUAUACAUACAGAAUACAUUGCUUUCAUCAUGAGGCUUAUAUAAGGCUUUCAAUUUUUCGUGGGUCCAGACAUAUUUUUGCUCCAAUGUGGCUCUUUCAAUAUUUUGCGUCGUUGUCCCAUGGUUUAAAAGAUUAGUAAUACUGUUACAAUUACACUCCUUAUUGGUGUUGUACAGCUACAGAUGCUAAUGGCUGAAAACACAAGACUGAAAAAGCAAUUUCUGCUCUUGCACCCUUCUUUAAAAUAUUUUAAACUGCUGUGUUUCAAGCCCAAACUGUUGUGUUUAAUAGAACAAUGUCUAUACGCUGUCAUAGCAGUUUCACGGCGCAUUAAGCCCCCGAACUAUUUUUAAUGUGUCCAUUUUACGCUGGAGAUAUGUUUACGGACAACGCGCAACCCUUUUGCUUCAACCCAGCCAUAAAAGGUAAUUUUAUUAUUUGAAAUGUCUAUUGACUAUCAUUUUGAGAGGCGGACUGCAGCCAGACUCUCUUGGUCAUUUUUAGCUUAGAAACAAAUUGAUGUCUAAUAUUUGGUUUUAACCCCUUAUAGCCUAAUUUAUGACAUUUGAUACUUACAAUUUCAUUAGAGACUAGAAUUUUGAAAUUCAGACCCAAAAAAAAAAUGGAUGCAAGUCAACACAUGCAUCCGCAGGUUACAUCAGAAAAAUCUGGAUUUAGCUAGGGUUAUAGAGCGCUUAUUACACAUAUUCAUUUUUUCUUUUAUUACAAAUUCGGAAAAAAUUAGGUACCAUUAGGACCUCAUUUAAAAAAAUUUGGGAUUCUCUGACAUUCAUGUUGCAGGCUUUCAAGGGUUAAAGACAAAUUAUUCACUCGCAUAUUUAAACAUUUUAACAAAAUACGUCUCAAUGAGAAAAAUGGUCUCUGCAAAAUUGGUCAGGGAUAUCUACCUCAUAACUAGAGGUGCACAAUAAUUAUCGGUCUCAUAAUCAUUGGUCCGAUAAUAUGAAUUAUGACGUCAUCCCAAUAAAUCCAAUAACAAUUAUCAGCCCUAUUAAUAUUUUUGGCACGUGUCGGAUUGGAUUUGCACGUUUGUUUCCAUUCCUGUUUUUCCAGUGUGCAAAGUUUUUGUUACGUCUUUGUUUUGUUCAUUAUAAUAAUGUUCACGUCAUCAUGAAAAUUCUGGUUCGGUCAAAGGCAAAUCUCAGCUGAAUCAACCACUAAUAUUUUUGACCAACAGGUGUUCAAAAACUCAAGUGAAUAUACAUUAAAAAAUUAUAUAUAUAUAUAUAUUAUUAUCGGUUAUCGUAUCUGUAUCGGCCUUGAGCAGCAGGAAGUUAUCGAUAUCGGUUUCAAAAAAUGGCUAUCGUGCACCCCUACUCAUUACUAUAGCUCAUUUUUUUGUUAGUCGCAUAUUCCACAGUAUUUUACAUGACAAAAUAAUUGAUCCAAAGAAAGUUAAAACAUUUAAAAUCUCGACAACUCCUUGAGGUCUGCAUCGCAACCCAUGUUAUAUUACCGUGUUUCACUCAUAAAAUCCCCCAAAAGUUCGGCUGUGGCCAUUCACUUCUGUGUCUUGACACUCAGACGCGCUGGAGUUUUUGGAUCAAAAUAAGUACGCAAUGUCAUUAAAAUUAUGGUGUCUUUAAUAAGGAUGCGCUCACACCGAGCCAGGGUUUUUUUUUAAUGCCCUCCUGUUCAAAUAUUUUCUUCCCCCAGAAAAUUGAGAUUUUAGGCUUUCCAAUGAUGUAUAACACAUGUAAAUUUGAAAUUUGGCCAAAUUGGGGGUCUCAGAGCGUAACUUCCAAGUCACCGGAGUGUUUUUCGUCUAGUAUCAGUACAGCUAAAAAGCCAUUACUAUUGAGUACUACUUGCAAUCUGCAGUUUUCAAGCUCUAGUUUCCAUCAGUUUGUCACCAGCUAUGUACGUACCUUCUCAAAAACUUCUCUAAUAGUGUGGUGUCCUUUCAUCCUGCUGUGAAUUUAAAUGUUACUCGUCAUUUGAAGUGGGAGAUACGGCAUCGGCUGAUACCGCGCAGCCAAAUACCCGAAUAAAAAUCACUCCCUACAACAGAAUUGAAUCACAGCGCAUCUUUAUCUACACGAGACAAAGGGCAGUCAUACAAAAAAAGCCUCUUGUAAAAGAUUAGCAAGAACAUUGUAAAAGCUCCAAUUGACCCAAUAAAAACAGUGUAAAAAGUUUCUCUCAAAAUUGUUAAGACAUACUCAUCAGGUACAGUAUUCCAUCUGGUUGAGGCACAAAAAUACUUGAGUAUAAAAACAAAAAGUCAGGUGGCUAAUAUAUAUAUAUAUGAUAGUAAAAAAAAAAAAAAAAAAAAAAAAAAAAA